UUGUCUGUGGCCAUCCUCAAUUCUGAUCCAAUGCUACCUUUCAGCUUUUCACCAUGUGACCUCUCUCUCUGUCUCACACUCUUUGUUUGUCCAUGUUAGUAUUCUGUUUUGUUCCAUAUUUUCGUUAAUAAAAUGCACCAUCAAUUAUUAGGGAAUAAUCGAAAUUAGGAAUAAAGACCCGAAUAUGAAAAUAACAAAACCCAAAACGAUUUCCCUUUGAACGCAAUAAUUUAAUAAAACCCCCAUUCUCUCCAAAUAAUAAUAAAAAAAAAAAAAACUUUGUAUAAGGAAAUGCUAACAAACAAACAAACAAAGCUCCUCCUGUCACUGUUUCUUGGUUUCCACUUCAUGGCAAAGCAGGAGAGGAUAGCACCCCCACAACCACUCUGAUCCCUUCAACACCUGCGUUGGCUUAAAUGAGAUGGCUAAGCACAAGACAGCCCCAAGUAACAGGGGGUACUAUGUCAAGAUGAAGCUCCUUCACAAACAUGGCAGACCCCAGCAAGACAAAAACUGCUUCUACAGAUACUACAAAUGCCUCCUCUGGCUCUCUUUCUCCCUCUACUUCUUCUCCUCCUACCUCAUCAGCAACAACACCAAGUCACCCUCUCACCACGUCUCCAGAGCACUCGCCCAAUCAGACAACGCCACACAACCUCUGAAAACUCCAGCAGGGACGCUGAAGAACCUGAAGGUGUUCGUUUACGACCUCCCUCCGAAGUACAACACGGACUGGUUGGCGAACGAGAGGUGUAGCAAACAUUUGUUUGCGUCGGAGGUUGCCAUUCAUAGAGCGUUAUUGACCAGCGACUUUCGCACGUUUGACCCUUACGAAGCUGACUUUUUCUUCGUCCCUGUUUACGUCUCCUGCAACUUCAGCACCGUCAACGGCUUCCCCGCGAUUGGUCACGCGCGCAACCUCAUCGCCUCCGCCGUCAAACUCCUCUCCUCGGAGUAUCCCUUCUGGAACCGGAGCCGAGGCUCCGACCACGUCUUCGUCGCCUCGCACGAUUUCGGCUCGUGUUUCCACACCCUGGAGGACGUGGCGAUGGCGGAUGGCGUGCCAGAGAUUAUGAAGAACUCGAUCGUGUUGCAGACGUUUGGCGUGGUGUACGACCACCCGUGCCAGAGGGUUGAGCACGUGGUGAUUCCGCCGUACGUUUCGCCGGAAAGCGUACACGACACGAUGGAGAAAUCUCCGGUGAACGGACGGCGAGAUAUUUGGGUUUUCUUCCGAGGAAAAAUGGAAGUCCAUCCUAAGAACGUCAGUGGGCGUUUUUACAGCAAGAAAGUGCGGACUGUGAUAUGGCGAAAGUUCAACGGGGACCGGAGGUUUUACCUGCGGAGGCAUAGGUUGGGCGGUUACCAGUCAGAGAUUGCGCGCUCCGUGUUUUGUCUUUGUCCCUUGGGGUGGGCCCCGUGGAGUCCGAGGCUGGUUGAGUCCGUGGCGUUGGGUUGCGUGCCGGUUGUUAUAGCGGACGGCAUCCGGUUGCCGUUUCUCUCUGCCGUGAAGUGGUCGGAGAUAUCGGUGACGGUGGCGGAGAGGGACGUGGGGAGGCUGGGUGAGAUACUCGAGCGCGUGGCGGCGACGAAUCUCAGCAUCAUUCAGAGGAAGCUGUGGGACCCAGCGACUAGAAGGGCCCUACUAUUCAACAGCCAGGUGCAGGAAGGGGAUGCCACGUGGCAGGUGCUGAGGGCUUUGAGCGAAAAGCUUGAUAGGUCCUAUAGGGGUUCCAGGGUUUCUCGCCAAUUGGAUUUUGACACGUCAUGACUUGACAAUACAAUACACACCUGCAUGGUCAAUAAUGAAUAAAUAACAUUUAGUGGAUGACAGCUGGAAUUUCUUCAGAGAUGGGAUUGCAUGACUCAUGGUGGGGCCACAAUGUAUAUUAAUGGUGACAUGGCUCCAAUUGAUUCCAUGCUCAUGCGGUAUGGAAAAAAGGAGGAAAUAAAUUUUGUAAAAUCAUUUUUCCUGUAAGUAAAUACUCCACUCUAUAAAACAUUAUUAUUCAUUUGUUAUA